AACAUGAUUACUUAUAUGUACCUGUCACUAUAAUGGAAACUGACAUUCCAAAAACUGAACGCGUUCUCUCUAUGUUUGCUAAAGUCCAUUUACUUGACACUAUAAUGAAAAUUGAUAUUCCAAAAACUGGACAUGUUUUCCUUAUAUUUGCUAAAGCCCGUGCGGUUAUCGAAAGAUAUGCUGCAAAAAUUAAUGCUGUUUUAAUUUUAGAAAAGAUAUCCAAAAAUUCUGACCGUAAUGACUAUAGGCAGGCAUUUUUUGUCUGUGAAAAACAAGAGAAGUAUGAUAAAAAGAACAAGAAAUAUACCACCAAGUGA